AUGGGGUUUCUUCCAUGGAUUUUCUGUGCAUGUAUUGCUCUGUUGGUGGGUUUUGAUCAGUACUUAUGCUUAGCAGCAAACGGCCAACGUCAUUACAGACAGGUAGGGAAGAAGAAGCUGCCUUAUCAGACAUUCUUCGUGGAUCAGUCUGGCCAUGGCAACUUCUCCACCAUUCAAUCGGCUAUAGAUGCCGUUCCUUCGAACAACAUGCAAUGGAUUUGCAUUAGGAUCAAAGCCGGCACCUAUAGAGAGAAGAUCAUAAUCCCUUAUGAUAAGCCACACAUCAUCCUGAAAGGAGGGGGAAAGAGAAAGACUUGGGUUGAAUGGGAUGAUCACGACACCGUUGCACAAAGCCCUACUUUCACCUCUCAAGCUGAUAAUAUCGUGGCCAAAAGUUUGAGCUUUAGAAAUACAUACAACAAUCCAAUUAAUAGUAACCCUAGAGCACCGGCGGUGGCAGCCAUGAUUAGCGGUAAUAAAUCUUCGUUCUACCGAUGUGGCUUUUAUGGGUUGCAAGACACUUUAUGGGAUGUUCAAGGACGACAUUACUACCAGAAAUGCACUAUCCAGGGUGCCAUUGAUUUCAUCUUCGGUGCUGGACAGUCUAUUUUUGAGCAAUGUUCCAUAGCGUAUUUUGGAGAAGCUGUAGAGGAAGGUCUGUUGGGUUAUGUGACAGCUCAGGGAAGAGAGGGUCCAUAUGAUUCAAACGGGUUUGUGUUCAAGGAUUGCAAGUUGCACGGCAGCGGUUCAACCUACUUGGGAAGGCCUUGGAGAGCUUAUUCCAGGGUCAUUUUUUACACUUCCAAUUUCUCGCACGUCGUAGUUCCCAAGGGAUGGGAUCAAUGGAACUUUGUUGGCUCCGAGCAAAAAUUAACAUAUGAUGAGCACGGCUGCUUCGGACCGGGGGCGGACACAUCCCAGCGGGUGAGUUGGUCAAACAAGCUGAGCCAGACUGAUCUCAGUAAGUUUAUUAACAUUAGUUUCAUCGACAAUGAAGGAUGGCUCAAUGACCAACCUUUCUAA